AAUGCCCAUGUCUGCUCUAACAAGAUUUUCUUUUAUGUUCAGCUUGCACAGUUUAGACAACGAAAAGCAUACUCUGAUGGGCAGCAUGCCUUUAAGAAGCAGAAGAAGAAGAAAAAGAUAUCAAAAGUCAAAGAUGAAGAAUUGAUACAAGAAGGUUUGGAUACCAACCAAUUGCAAGCAGAAGAAGCAUCCCUACAUAGCUUUCAAAGAGGAGCAGCUGCUACAACUGAAUCUGUUACAGUGAGAACUUUGCACAGUGAUGAAAUGAUCAAGCAUGAUCACACAUAUACCACUGAACUAGAAAGUGAGAUUUCCACUCCAGCAGAUGAUUACAGCUCAGAGAUAAAUGGUGGAAAUUUUUUGACAAGAACUGAUGUACCUUCUGACUUUAUUAGGGAAGAAGAAUUGGAAUUUGGAGAGAAGUAUACUGAUCAUGAGGUGCAGAAUACUGUAACAGAACUGGAGAUGAUGAAGAAUGAAUUGGCUGGAAAGCAGCAAGAGAUUGAAGAGCUAAAUAAAGAGCUAGAAGAAAUGAGGGCAGCGUAUGGUACAGAUGGAUUGCAACAGCUGCAGGAAUUUGAAACUGCUAUCAAAAAAAGAGACAACAUUAUAACUCAGCUCACUGCUAAUCUUCAGCAAGCCAGGAUGGAAAAAGAUGAAACUAUGAGGGAAUUUUUGGAACUGACAGAACAAAGUCAAAAACUGCAAAUUCAAUUUCAGCAUGUAAGUACUGAUAAUAUUUUAUUAAAAAAUAUGCCUAAAUCAUUCCGUUACUGAAGGAAAAAUGUUUAU